AAUGAAUGCAGACAGUGGAGGCAGGCAAGCUGAAACUGGCACAAAGCUUUAGCGUGUAUACACACCCACCCGCACACACAGAGACGUGCACUUGGCCUGACUGACAACUGUCACUGGAACUUUGAGCUACAGGUGGAUUAACAAAGUGCUGGUGGCUGAAGUCCGAAGCCUUCCUGAACCGUUGAAUAGUCUGAGCUUCAAAGAAAAGGAAAUUUGAAGAAAACCAGGAGACGGAUCCUACAAAUGUAACUGGAACAAAAAGAGAGAGAGAGGAUGACGCUUCAUUCCCCUUUCAGCAGGAGGCCCUUCGCUGAGCCUUGAUUCCUGCUUUUCAGGUGACCCUCUUCCCUCAAGGAGAGCAAGGGGUAAAUGUAUCUGAUGGACAAGAUGACAACAACACACAGUCUAGGCUUGGUACUGGUGGAGUUUGAAUAUGAAUACGAGGGCCGGGAUGGCUACAUGGUGUCCAUAAAGCCCAAUGAGCGCUACAGUCUCCUGGACAAAACCAACGAUCACUGGUGGCAGGUGAGCAAAGAUGAAAAAACUGCCAAGCCGUUUUACAUCCCCGCUAAAUAUGUGAAAGAGCUUCCACCCAAUAUACCAUCACCUCUGGACUUCAGAGAGCCUCCAAGCCCUGAUCUGAAGCCUGUUGUGACAGACGUGGCGGAAACCCGCAAACCAGAUGAGGUGACAAUUAGACUACGUCCCAAAGGGAAUCACAACAAAAAAGAAAACCGCAUGUCCACGUUUGGCGUUCCUUUGGAUUUACAUGACCCACCUUACAAGAGCGGUGGACCAUCAGACAGGCACGUCUCCCUUCAUACAGACUCACAGCAGAAGAAGAGGAGUCUAGUGACCAAUCUGUUGUCUGCCUCUCUUAAUGCUACCCCUGAAACGGUGUCUGAUAAAUUCAGAGUACCGAGCUUUAGCCCAGCUGACCCUCUUAUCGCCGCCAGACCCAUACCUGUCAAACCUGUAGAACUUCCUAUCAUCAAGAGUCUGAAUGUUGAGAAGUCGCCAGAACCAGAAUCCCCAAUAGAGCCUGAAAGUGACAGUUCUAGUUCAGAACCACUGCAGUCACCAGACUCUGAGAAUAUUUAUGCAUCCAUUGGGGACCUGAAUCUAGACGAGUUGACAUUGAAGGAUAAUGCACAGUCUGGAUCGGAAAAUCCGAACACAUCAAGCUCACUACCAAAAAUAAAGGUUGAGAAUGAAAACCCCAACACAGCAGUGUACGCCAACGUCACUGACCUGAAGAAGAUUGGCGCUCGCUCUCCAAUCUCAUCGGUCUCUACCUGUUCCUCACCCGGCCUUGUUCUCAGUCCUGACCCAGACUUCGUCACCCCUCCCAGCUCUGCUGAAUGGCAGGUCCAUACUGACCAAGAAAGCGGGAAAGACUUCUUUUACCACCCCACCUCAGGGCAGAGCAGUUGGUCUGAUCCCCGAAGCCCCCUCCCAGGAUCUGCUAUGGAGUCUUUGACCUUCCCCUUGCCCACGGUCUCCACCCCCUCCUCUACCAACUCUGUGGGCUCAGACUGGCAGCAAGUUUUGGAUGAGGCCACUGGGAAGCAUUACUACUAUAACCACACUUUAAAUCAAACCACUUGGUCUGCGCCGGACCCGCUGUCCCCUCCACCUUCAACAGAUGAGUCAAAUGUGCCGCCACCUUUGCCAGAGGAGGACUACCCUACAAAUGAAUCCCAGUAUCUUCCUCAACUCCCUAAGGAUCUCCAGUUACCCCAAAUCAAACGCGCCGUCAUCCCCAGGGCUGUCAUGGACCCGCACAAAGAUUUGCCUGUGGGCUGGAGCCGGUCAUUAGAGGGUGAUGGGAAACCUGUUUUCACAAGUGAACACACACUUGAACAGUUGGUGCAAUCUAAGGAUGACAAAGGGAAGGCGAAUUUCUACUCAAAAGAUAGGUCCAAAUGCCAGUGGAGCCUUCCAGAGGGUUCUGUGCCGCCCGGGCAGCAGAUGAUUGGUAAUGGAAUGGACCAAGAAGCUCAACCUGUUGUGGAAAACUGGAGACACACAAUCAACCUAAACUUGUCUCAGGAAGACUUGCACAAAUAUUCCCCGUCGCACAGGAGGAUCGCCUCUGACUUUGUCAUUGAUGCAUCCAGCUCAGGGAAUUCACCAGAAUCACAGCAUCACGACAAAAGACGGCGGCGGAACCUGUCCAAUCAGAGCGCAGAUUUGCAUUCUCAUCAUACAUCAUUGGAGAAGGCUGGAAUUCUCAACAAAACCAAAGUAGCUGAGAACGGAAAGAGGCUAAGGAAGAACUGGGCACAGUCAUGGACUGUCCUUCAUGAUGGAAUACUCACUUUCCACAAGGACCCUAAAUAUACACCUGCUGGGAUGGCUACCAAGUCCAAUCAGAUCGUACCAGAGUUCACAGUGGAACUAAAAGGAGCGACUCUGUUAUGGGCAUCUAAAGAGAAGUCAAGCAAGAAGAACGUUUUAGAGCUAAAAACAAGGCAAGGCACAGAGUAUCUGAUACAGUAUGACACAGACAGCAUCAUACAUGACUGGCGCAAGAUCAUCCUGGACACCAUCAGACAAGUGACUCCAAAUGUGAUUUUUCAGGACCACAGUCAUCACUCGGAGGAUGAGGCGGAGGACAUCCCAGAAAAACCUGCUUUGCCUUUGGAUAGAGAGAAGAAGUCUGAGUCAACGAGGCUGAGUUCUUCAAGUAGCAUAGACACAGAACAGGGCCGCGUGCGCAACAAACUACGCAAGUUCCUCCAGAGACGGCCGACACUACAGUCAGUCAAAGAGAAGGGCUACAUUAAAGAGAAUGUAUUUGGCUGCCACCUAGACACCCUAUGUCACAGGGAAAACACAGACGUGCCCAGGUUUAUGGAAAAGUGCAUCAGAUCUGUGGAGAAAAGAGGUUUGAAAAUAGAUGGACUCUACAGAGUGAGCGGGAAUCUGGCCGUCAUCCAGAAGCUUCGAUAUAAAGCUGAUCACGAAGAGGAUCUAGAUCUGGACGACGGGCAGUGGGAGGAGAUCCAUGUGAUCACAGGAGCAUUGAAGCUUUUCCUGCGUGAACUUCCUGAGCCUCUCUUCCCCUAUAGCUUUUUUGAUAAGUUUAUCGCUGCCAUACAAAUGAGUGACAACAGCCAGAAAGUGUCAUAUAUACGAGAUCUGGUGAGAAACCUGCCUUUGCCCAACCAUCACACCAUGAAAGUUCUCUUUACACAUCUCCGCAAGGUGAUUGAUCACGGCGAGUUUAACCGCAUGUCAACCCAGAGCAUAGCUAUCGUGUUUGGUCCAACAUUGUUACGACCACAGGAAGAGUCCAACAUCACCAUGCACAUGGUCUUCCAGAACCAGAUUGUGGAUCUCAUUCUCAGCAAAUUCAACGAGUUCUUCCCAUCCCACCAAACCUGAGUCACCUGAAUAAAAUUUACCAGAUUAAUCUUCAGACGUUCCCAUUAUCUCUCCAAAGAUUUUUACUGAAUGUUGUUUUGUUUGCCCAUUGGAUAUUGACUUUUUUACAUUGGCAUGUAGGAUAAUGAAUCUGUCACAGUUUGUCACAACCAAUAACAACAAGUCUUCAAUGUUCUUCAGAAUUUUCUGGGUCUUUCAUCAUCACUGGAUUAUACAUGGGCCAGGUGCAAUACAAACUAUUGAUGGCAAUCCUCAUCAAGACCAGUUUUGGACUACACAUUGUCUGGACUACAUUACCUGAUUAAGAUUGCAUUGAUUUGUUAAACCGAGCCUCAGAACUGCAUUGCAUCUUAAUGUUACUCUGAUCUGUGUUUUUGGUACUGCCCAAACAAUGAGAACAAAAAUACAAAGGGAUUAUGAGCCAGUGUGAUCAAAGAGAUCCUGUCAAAUUUGUGCCAUUGUUAUUUUACAAUCUGUAAUUGGAUACAGAUGCCCGAUCCACCUUAAAAAUAACUUUUUCAAUAAAGCUAACAGCAUAUACUUAAUGUACACCUUACUUAAUAUUAUAGAAUAUAUUAUUGACAAUUAACAAAAUCUCUUGUGAGAUUGCCUACUGUAGGGUGAAUGAGCACAACACAAAGGGUUGUUAUUCUUUUUCGGAACAAAAAUUUGAGUGUGGGUGGAAGUACCAUAAACUUUAUUUAUGAGCAAAGCGGGACUGCUGUUAAAAUAAAAGUGUUUUACUUACUGUAUGACUAACCUAAUAAACAUUUUUCUCUGCCUGCAACCUUUAAAAUCAAACAUUGUAAAACAUUGCCCGUACAAUGCUCAGACGUAUGAAAAGGAACACAAUGAACAUUUGAGCCUAAUGCAUGUUGACAGUGCAUUGAGUGUUAAAUACAAACUUUGCGGUUGUAGAUGAAAGCUGUACAUAUUUUUUACACAUGUUUCUAUAAAAAUAUGUUUAGAAAAUAAUUGGCAACUGCUACAGAGAUAAAAUCCUGUAAAUAAAGUGAAUUCAGCAUAUUUAAUUUUGUGCAAAUAUGUGCAUAGUUUUUACACUGAAAUCAAAUAGGCCACGUUUUAUUUUUUAGUAUUACAGCAGUGGUCAUAUGCAGUCAUUAUUAAUGCAUAUGCUGAAGAAACACAAAAAUUGGAAGUGCGUACAUUUAUCAACCGACAUCUAUGCUAUGUACUUCAAUAAAUGUGGUUUUAUUUUC